CAUUCUUUGUUGAUUUUAGAUUUUUGAAAACUUUUUAGCCACUUGUGUAUAAAAUUUCAGGCCCUAUCAAAGCUUAUUAUAUUAUUAUGUGAUACCCUGUGAGGAAUGUCUCAACAAGCUCACUGAGUCACUUCCAUUGAGAAUAAAAAAAAAAAAAAAAAAAAAAAGAAUUCUCCAUGAGAAAUGGUACCACAGAGUCUCUUUGUUUGGGGUUUUGAUCUGGUCUCUGAAAAUGAGUAAUCUUAUCUGUUUCUUCCCUUUGCUCCAUCAGAAAACUUGGUGAGUAAGCAUUCAUCAAGUAAUUAGAUCCGAACUGGUGAACCCAAGUUCCAAAUUUCUUCUGAGUUUCUUUUGGAGAGGGAAUCAGCUCCAAGGGCAUUUCGGUAUCUAAAUCUGUUCAUUACUCGAAGUUUCAUCCAUGGUGUUCAAUUUCGAAGAAGCGACCAUUGAGGAGAUUCAGUUGGCUUUUAGUCAAAAUUCCCUCACAUCGAAAGAACUAGUUCAGUACUACUUAAAUGCCAUUGAGAAGUGGAACCCUACACUUCAUGCUGUGAUCGAGGUGAACCCUGAUGCUGUAGCUCUGGCUGAGGCGGAGCAUAGCACACGAAGAUCACAAAUCCGCUGUUUCUGUGAAGAGAAACCAGACCCUCCUGACCCCCCAGUCCCUCCAGUCCCAAGUGUACGAGGGAUUCCAGUGCUGCUUAAGGACAAUAUUGCAACCAAGGAUAGAAUGGAGACGACAUCCGGAUCAUUGGCACUCCUUGGUUCUGUCGUCCCUCGAGAUGCAGGUGUUGUUGACAGACUUAGGGAUGCAGGAGCUAUCAUCUUGGGCAAAGCUGGCCUUACAGAGUGGGCGAAUGGUCGGUCUACAAUGAUGCAGCCCGGUUGGAGUGCGAGAGGUGGUACAGUGCAGAACCCAUAUCAAGUAGACGCUUUCCAGGGAGGUUCAAGCACGGGAUCUGCAGUUAGUGUUGCAGCAAACUUGGUGACGGUUUCCCUAGGAACAGAAACUGAUCAGUCCAUUAUUCAACCUUGCAGUCUCAAUGGUGUUGUGGGCAUCAAGCCAACUGUAGGUCUUACUAGUAGGUCAGGGGUUGUACCAUUGAGCCUUAGACAGGACACUGUUGGUCCCAUUGCAAGGACUGUGUCUGAUGCUGUGCAUGUGCUUGAUGUAAUUGUUGGUUAUGACCCUCGAGAUGAGAUUACCCUUGAUGCUGCCCAAUACAAUCCGACUGAUAAAUACCGGAAGUUCCUGAGAAUUGAUGGACUCAACGGAAAGAGAAUAGCAAAUCUAUGGCAUCAUUUCACAAUUAUAUAUGAUUCCGAUUCUGAUUCCUCAGUACCGGGUAUCUUUCAAAGUAUUCUCGAAACCAUGAGGGAGAAAGGAGCCGUUGUGUUAGAUGGCCUUGUGGUACCUGACUUUGAUACAAUUGUUAUGCCAAAUGAAAGUGGCCAAUCAGUAGCUCUUAAGUAUGAGCUCAAGCGUGAUCUAAAUGCUUACUUCUCCAACUUGCUUGAGUCCCCAGUCAGAUCAUUAGCUGAUGUUAUUGCCUUCAAUGAAAAACAUCCAGUAGAGGAAAAGUUGGAAGAAUAUAAACAGGAUUUUUUUGAAGCUUCCCAAGAAACUAACCUGCCAAGUAAUGCAUAUACAGAGGCAAUCCAGAAGUUAGAAAAUCUUGUCAAGGGCUUCGAGAAGUUCAUGAUGGAUAAUAAUUUGGAUGCUUUUGUGGCUCCAGAAUACGCUGGAGGGGCCAUUCUAGCAAUCGGAGGGCAUCCAGGCAUAACAGUACCUGCAGGUUUUGACAAUAGGGAAAUACCUGCAGGUUCUGAUCCCAAGGGUGUGCCCAUUGGGAUCCUGUUUGGUGGACUCAAAGGAUCGGAGGGAAGACUCAUAGAGAUUGCUUAUGCAUUUGAACAAGCAACCAAGAAAAGGGAGCCCCCAAUUAUAGCAUCUUAACCUGCAUAAUUUGAAUUGUUAUGGAAUUCUUGUUUGAGGUAAGCAGGAACUCGAGCACUCCACUGCUUGUUUCUUAGCCAAUAUAGUUUAAAGCAUGAACUCUGUCCUACCCAUGUGAAAUAUGUCAGGUACCGACAUGUGAUACAUGUUCUUGUCUUGUACGUGACAUGAUUGCUAUAUACUUCUAUGGGUACUCUUUUAUCAUCAA